AUCGUCAUUUUUUCAGACUUAAAUUCGUUAUUAAUUCCCCUGAAUUAAUAAUGAUGCGUGAUGCCCAAGGAGCUAAUCGGAUUUUCAGAAACAAGUCUUAGCCGUCACUUAUUUUUAAAGUGUGAUAUGUGGUGUCUGGAAAUUCUCUGGUAUGGAUAAUCUUCCCAUUGUAAGAUCUAAGAACCCAACUAGCUGGUGAUCAUUCAAUAAAAAUAAUAAUAAUUAGAGACCAUGUUGACCCACUUCGGAUUGUUGGAUACGUUUUCUCUAUUAAAGCGGAGAAAUGUUUGCAUUGAUAGUACUAUAACUACUUUCAACUCCAGGUUUACUCCUUUUCUGUUCCUAAUCGGAGCUCUCCUGCUGGGUGCCUACCAGGUCUUCGGGAAUCCAAUAUCCUGCACCUCCGACAAUCAUUUCAAGACAAGUUUCGUGGAUUCCUACUGCUGGACUACCUCCACUGAGAGCAGUAUACCCGGAGAAGAAAGGAACUACUCUGAUGACCUGAACAUGAAAGGAAUACCGUUUCCAUAUCUCCAGUCAGAGAAAGAAGUAUUACAUACGUACUAUCAGUGGACUUCAUUGAUACUCCUGGUUCUAGCCGCAGUGUCCAGGAUACCUCACCUACUCUGGAAGUACCUGGAGGGAAACCUACUCCGAACUCUUAUCCCGGAAGGAGUUGAUAGGAUUCAACUCAUGGAUUUAGAAGGAGAAGCGUACACUCAUAAACUUGUAAUGUAUUUGGUGGAGAAUAUGAAGAGCAGGCGGCAUAAGAACUAUGGGUUCUGGUUCGUGGUCACGGAAACUCUCAACCUAGUCUCCGUACUUGCAAACAUAUUUAUCCUGCACUGCUUCUUUGACGGACGGUUUUUCCAGUUCGGAGUGAACUUUAUUCAACAUCAUCUCGGAGGUGGAACUGGGAAGGAAAUUACUUUGUUCCCUCUGCUUGCUAGGUGUAGAAUAUACAGGAGUGGACCCUCAGGCUCCAGAGAAAACUUCGAAGAGACUUGCGUUCUAAUUGUGAAUCUGAUUAAUCAAGAGGUAUUCCUUGUCGUCUGGUUCUUCCUCGCAUUCUUAACCAUCCUCAUCAGUGUGGCAAUCGUUUCACGGUGUAUCACCGUCUACUCGGUCUCCGACAGAGUCCGCCGUAUUCGAAUCCUGACCGGAAGUUAUUCACACGUCAGCGGACUCAUUGAAAAGAUCGGGUUCGGAGACUGGAUCAUUCUCGAGCUUCUCCUCGGACACUUCCAGGUCUUCUUCGCCAAGGGGAUUGUGACAGAGCUUGCUAGAGUUCAAGGUUUACUCCAGGAUGAAGGAGUUAUUGAUGCCUGGUUACCGGACUCCAGAACUCAAAACCAACCCUCAGGGCUUUUAGAGCAGGAGAAGAAAAUGCCUUAAAGAUAGAGAAACUCUAUACCAUCGUUGAAAACAGAACUUUUUGCUUGAUUAAACGCAUUUUAUCUGUUAAAUUUUCGGAAGUGUAAUGUUUGAUGUAAAUUUGAAUUUCGCGCGUUACUCAAUCUCAAAUGCCGCGAUCUUCAUUCUUCCCUUAGUUGUGCAACUUCAUUUUUAGUUUUGUAUAAUAUUUGCCUGAUGUAAUUGUAAAAGUUAAAAGAUUUACGACGAUAUAUAUCGCCAGUAAUGUAACAACCUUCAUAGUUGUCUCAACUUCCUACUUUUUCAGA